AAUGGUUCGAGUCUGAUAUUCAACGACACCCCAUUGCGACAAAAUCAACAUCUCAAGUGGAAUAAUAUCUAUAGAAUAUCUAUAGAUUCAUAUUUUCAAUCUAUCUGUCGCCAUGCUCUCUACCGGCUUCACAGAUGUGCCAGUAACGCGCAGCCUUGUAUAUGGAAUAUUCAUAACCUCUUUCCUCGCCAGUAUCACGGAUUCGAAACAUUUCUUCUACAUACAAGCAGAUCCUCAUCUGCUACGCUAUCAUCAGCUAUGGCGUAUGCUCACUUAUCAGUUGUGCUAUACCAAUUCGACCGAAGUGUUCUUUGGCGCAAUAACGUACUAUAAUAUGAGAGUGGUGGAAAGAUUAUGGGGAUCUCGUAGAUUUGCUGUGAGUGAUUGAAUUCUUGCUCUAUCGUGUCCAUUCGCUUAGAAUUAUAUUUAGUCUUUCCUGCUACUAUCCUUCUGCUUCACUUCAAUAAUAUCACCGAUACUGGUUAUCCUUCUACGACCUCUUUCCCUCUACGCGAUAAAUUACCUACCUGCAGGACCUACAGCUCUUAUUUUUGCUAUUCUGGCCCAAUAUCAUGCCGUCAUUCCACAUCAAUAUAAAUAUAAAGUUGCUGCUACAUCUGCACCCAUGACCGAGGAGAAUUUCAUAGGUGUCACAUUCUCGGAUAAAUCAUAUAUAUAUCUCCCAGCUAUUCAACUGGGUCUUUCCCAAUUCCCGGGCUCGAUUAUAUCUGCUAUGGUGGGAUGGGUUAUUGGUUAUUGUUGGCGAAAUGAUGUGCUACCUACAUCUAUCGCACGAUGGAGAUUGCCAGGUUGGAUGGUGGGUGUUCAGGCUCGGAAAAGAAGUGAAGGAUUUGAGGGAAUGAGGAGGAGAUUAGAAGGGGAAAAUACCGCGGCUGCCACUGGAUCGGAUGGGCAAUCUGGUGGAGAAGUUGGGAGAAGGAGAACUUUGGCGAAUCAAUUUAUCGAUCAGUUUAGAGGAGCGUCAUGACGUUUCACUUGGUCAAGAAUAUCAAUGAUUUAUUAUAAUUUAUACAUUUCUUUUCGGAUAUCAAUUGACAAGAUGUUUUGCAGAACAUGGUUAGUGAGCAAUAUGAUGCUCGGACAGCUUUCGGUGAUAGCUGAACGUGGACGGGACUUUUGCUGAGGGCUCUCGAUGCAGAGUUAUCCUCUGUGCGGGAGAACUGCAAGAUAAUCUCACCAUGAAAAAUGGGCAAGGGGGGGAGGUGAUGAGGGAUGAAGCUGUGCCACCGUGAAAGCAGUUCAAACAUAGGGCAGGCUA